GGCGGCUGUGUGUGCUUCAGUUUGUGUCGGUCAUUGCCCCCAGUCCAAUGCACAGAUGUGCUCCUCUCUCGUGCCCUGGAUAGCUGGUUUAUAAGCGUUUUGCAGUUACAACAUGACUAGCUAUGCGGCUCCAAUCUGGUAGGGUCAAUGUUUUUACAGCUGCACAGUAGAUACAGAGAAGAGGGUAACCUGGUCUUUAAAUGUAAUGGGAAAGUGUUAUUAGAAGAUAUUAUACUGGUAUAUUAUUUUAAUAUUUAGAUGUCUUUAUAUGCACAAUGCAUACUGACAGCUUAUUCUGCCAUAUAUCUAGUCAACAUGUAAACCUGCAGCAGCAAUGUAGUCAAUUCACCUUGUCAAAGCCCAAUUUUCUAAUCGUAGAAGCAAAGCAGUGUUGGGUCAGGUCAGUACUUGCACUGAAAGCUGCUGGGAACAUCAGGUGGCACAGUGGGGCAGCAGUGGCUCCAGUGCAAAGCUGUUGUCCUUUGGAAAAACACGUCAUUUACCUUAACUGGUAUGAAUCUAUUGUGUGAGUGAGUGAUGGACGGAUUGGCAUCUUUGCCUUCUUCAGUCUAUCCCAGGGCAGCUGUGACUAUGAUAGUGUCAGCAUCGAGUAUUGAGUGAAUGAAUACAGGAAAUUGUAAAGCCACUUUGAGCAUCUGGGGAAGUGCUGUAAAAUACUAAUGCAUUAUAAUGUAUAGAGUGAUACAUGGAUUUUUAAAACAGUAUAUUACAGGAAAGAAGCCAAUCUGGACGUUAAGUUUAGCUUCCAAAAAGUGUGACUAGGAAGUAUAAUUAGUUGACUUUGCUGCGUGUUGCUUUUAAGGAGAGACUAAAUCUAUUUUUCUUAUCAUUUCAUGAACCAUUACCAUCUGCCACCCAAGCAUUGCUGCCAGCAACGAGGCAAAAUAAGUUAGCGUUAUAGCUGCCAGAUAUUGUCAGCAUGUUUCCCCUGUAUCAGAGUACACUUCAGGAGCACGGAAAUAAGAAACGCACUGUAACUGAUUACAAUCUUGUUCCUACUACUGGUGUAAUGUGGGUUUUUAAAAAAAGAUUUUCAGUUAUAUAUCAUUUUCAAAGUAAAAUGCAAUAUGUCUAAAGUGUGUCUAUGAUAUGAGAAGCCAUUUCUCAAGAAUUAGAGGUGUUAUGGGUGAAUAAAAAUAGAUUUUACGACUGUAUUAGAGGAAAAUUACAGGUCUUGGCACUGUAUUGACUGUCGCUGCCCAUUGUAAGAUUGGACCAGUGCCUUUGCAAUGGUAUUUGUUCCUCAAAUGCUUCCAGGUUGCUAUUUGCAUUGUAGUGUGCAGUGUUUUGUGAGCUGUUUUUUCAUAACAUGUCUAAAACCCUAUCUGAGACAUAAGUUUGAUGUUGUAUUUUCAUAAAAAAUAUACAUAUGUUUAAUUAAUGCUUUAACAAUCCAGCUUGAGUGUCUUAGCCUUCCCCAGAUUGCCCCCACCUUCUGCUUAAUAUUCAUAGUGGUGCCUUUAAAGUGUGGAACCCGAGCCUGAGCUCUGGGUGCUGCCUCUGUGUCCCUGCUCUCCGUGUCACCCGUUCACCUUGAGCCUUUAGCCAGUCCAAUCAUGUCCAAACCGCUGUCCGACCACGAGCGGAGGAAGCAGAUUUCGGUGCGCGGGUUGGCUGGUGUGGAAAAUGUGGCAGAUCUCAAAACCAACUUCAACAGGCACCUCCAUUUCACCCUGGUCAAGGACAGAAAUGUGGCCACAAAGAGGGAUUACUACUUUGCUCUGGCCCACACAGUCAGGGACCACUUGGUUGGCAGAUGGAUCCGGACCCAGCAGCACUACUAUGAGAAAGACCCCAAACGAGUGUACUACAUCUCCCUAGAGUUUUACAUGGGGCGCACGCUGCAGAACACUAUGGUCAACCUGGCACUGGAGAAUGCCUGUGAUGAGGCCACCUACCAGCUGGGGCUCGACAUGGAGGAGCUGGAGGACAUGGAGGAGGACGCAGGGUUGGGUAAUGGUGGCCUGGGACGUCUAGCAGCUUGUUUUCUGGACUCCAUGGCCUCCCUGGGUCUGGCUGCUUAUGGUUAUGGUAUUCGCUAUGAGUUCGGUAUCUUCAAUCAGAAAAUUGUCAAUGGAUGGCAGGUUGAGGAGGCUGAUGAUUGGCUGAGGUACGGUAACCCCUGGGAGAAGGCCCGCCCUGAAUACAUGCGCCCGGUGCACUUCUACGGCAGGACGGAGCACACCCCGGAUGGAGUCAAAUGGGUCGACACUCAGGUGGUUUUGGCUCUGCCCUACGACACACCUGUCCCCGGAUACCGAAACAACGUCGUCAACACCAUGAGACUAUGGUCUGCCAAAGCUCCCUGUGAAUUCAACCUUAAAGACUUCAAUGUGGGUGGCUACAUUCAGGCCGUGCUGGACAGGAACCUCGCUGAGAACAUCUCUCGUGUGCUUUAUCCCAACGACAAUUUCUUUGAGGGGAAGGAGCUGCGUCUCAAACAGGAGUACUUUGUGGUUUCCGCUACCCUCCAAGACAUUAUUCGUCGCUUCAAGGUCUCCAAGUUCGGCUCCAGGGAGAUUGUUCGCACCGACUUCAGCAAACUCCCUGAGAAGGUUGCCAUCCAGCUCAAUGACACACACCCGGCGAUGGCUAUUCCAGAGCUAAUGAGAGUCUUAGUGGAUGAGGAGAAGCUGGACUGGGAACAGGCCUGGGACGUCACCGUGCACACCUGCGCUUACACCAACCACACGGUGCUGCCUGAGGCCCUGGAGCGCUGGCCCGUGGACCUCUUCGCUCACCUGCUGCCUCGACACUUGGAGAUAGUGUAUGAGAUCAACCGGCGCCAUCUGGAGAGAGUCGCUGCUCGGUUUCCUGGAGACAUGGACCGUCUGCGGCGCAUGUCACUCAUUGAGGAGGGCGCGCAGAAGAGGAUCAACAUGGCGCAUCUGUGCAUCGUGGGCUCGCAUGCUGUCAAUGGCGUGGCCCAGAUUCACUCCGACAUCCUCAAAGCCACUGUCUUUAGAGACUUUUACGAAAUGGAGCCCCACAAGUUUCAGAAUAAGACCAAUGGCAUCACACCCCGACGCUGGCUGGUCAUGUGCAACCCCGGGCUGGCUGAGGUCAUUGCUGAGAGAAUUGGUGAGGACUUUAUCCGUGACCUUGAUCAGCUGAAGGAGCUCCGUAAAUUUGUCGAUGAUGAAGCUUUCAUUCGGGAUGUCGCUAAAGUCAAGCAGGAGAACAAGUUGAAGUUUUCCGUGCAUUUGGAGGAGCACUACAAGGUGAAGAUCAACCCCAACUCCAUGUUUGACAUCCAGGUGAAGAGGAUCCACGAGUAUAAACGCCAGCUGCUCAACUGCCUGCACAUUAUCACCUACUACAACCGCAUCAGGAAGGAACCCAACAAGCAGUGGACUCCAAGGACAGUGAUGAUUGGAGGAAAGGCUGCUCCUGGAUACCACACAGCCAAAAUGAUCAUUCGCCUCAUCACAGCUAUCGGUGAAAUCGUCAAUAACGACCCAGUGGUGGGAGACCGCCUCAAAGUCAUCUUUUUGGAGAACUACAGAGUUACUCUUGCAGAGAGGGCCAUCCCUGCAGCAGACCUGUCAGAGCAGAUCUCCACAGCGGGCACAGAGGCUUCAGGCACUGGCAACAUGAAGUUUAUGUUGAACGGAGCCCUGACCAUCGGCACCAUGGACGGAGCCAAUGUGGAGAUGGCAGAAGAGGCUGGAGAGAACAACCUGUUCAUCUUUGGCAUGAGGGUGGACGACGUGGAUGCCAUGGACAGGAAGGGAUACCAUGCAGAUGAGUACUACAAUCGUCUCCCUGAGCUGAAGCAGGCCAUUGACCAGAUUGCUGGAGGCUUCUUUAGCCCAAAGCAGCCAGACCUGUUUAAGGAGAUUGUCAACAUGCUGAUGCACCACGACAGGUUUAAAGUGUUUGCUGACUAUGAAGACUACAUCAAAUGCCAGGAAAAGGUCAACACUCUCUACAAGAACCCCAAGGAAUGGACCAAGAUGGUGAUCAUGAACAUUGCCGGCUGCGGUAAGUUCUCUAGCGACCGCACCAUCGCUCAGUACGCCCGUGAGAUCUGGGGUAUGGAGCCCACACUCGAGAAACUGCCUGCUCCAGAUGUGUGAGAACCUUAACUUAAGAUCCCUGUUUUCCGACUGUCGUUUCUGACCUUGAACGCAUCACAGUACAACACAAUACAAACUCUCCGGUUUACAUUUUCCAUAGUGGCACAUUCACUGUUAUACAGAAAGCAUUUGUUUAAACACAGGGACAAAGUGAUACGUUUUGUGAAUUUACUGGUGAUUUUUUUAUUGAAAAGAUAACUUCAUCUCAGACCCUUUCUGAAUAAAAUCAGAAAUGCUGUUACAAACUCAA